AUGACGGUCACCGUGGUAUAUGAUAACUCUGAGGCGACGGAGCUGUGUGCGGCUCAGCACCUCUACCUCAAGCCCAUAGCAAAAUUGAUGAUCAAUGUCUUGCUGCCAGAGAGCUCAGAACUGACGCGGCCCUUCUCCAACUGGGAAGUGCUUGACCAGCUGAAGAGCCUGAUUUGCCCUGACCAGUUCACCACCGUUCGGCUCUCCAAGAGCACAAAGGACUUCAUCCGAUUCGAGGGCGAGGCUGAAACGCGCAGUUUGGUUCAGAUCUUAAAGGCCAAGUUACAUGGGAAGAUCAUCAAGCUGAAUGGUUUGAAAACAGACUUAAAAGUCGUGGCUACAGAUGCCCAGGGAGAGUGGGAGCGCUUCCCCAGGGAAAAGGAGGCCUCAGCGAGUGAUGGGGCCGAAGAGCAGGACCAGGACAAGAGCCCAGAUUCGAUCUAUUUCGAAGGCUUGCCCUGCAAAUGGUUUGCGCCCAAAGGCUCCAGCGGGGAGAAGCCCUGUGAAGAGAUCCUUCGGGUGGUCUUUGAGAGCUUUGGGAAGAUCAAGAAUGUGGACAUCCCUAUGCUGGAUCCUUACAGAGAAGUGAUGACUGGUGGAAACUUCGGGGGUUUUAGCUUUGGCUUGCAGACGUUCGAGGCCUUUAUCCAGUACCAGGAGUCGACUGACUUCGUGAAAGCCAUGGAGUCCCUUCGAGGGAUGAGGCUGAUGUUGAAGGGAGAUGAUGGGAAAGCUCUGGCCUGUAACAUCAAGGUUAUGUUUGAUACAACCAAACAUUUCAGCGAAGGGGCUAUAAGGAGGAGAAAUCAAGAAAGGCUAAAGUUACAAGAGCUGGAGGAAGAAAGGAAAAAAGUAAAGAGAGACGAGGAAGAGGCUGCAAGAAAAAGAAAAGAGGAGGAAAGGAGAGCCCAGGAAAAGAGGAAGAAGGCCAGGGUGAGGAGACGAGGCCCGAAGGAGAGAGACAGACGCCGGCACAGGAAACCCAAGGCCCGAGCCCCCGCUGACAGCGCCCGGGAGCCUGACUCUUUGGAGGGAUGGGAGGAGCGGAAGUUCCUCCUGGCCCAGAGGCGGGUGGAGGCUCUCCGGUUGCUCCGGGUACUCUUGAGGAAACUCGCAGUAUCCACACAGUUUAACCCACAGGGGGUAGAUGACGCAAGCCCAAAAGUGAAUCAUGCUCCAGGGAACACGUUGGAAACUCUGAAGAAAGAAGAGUUAAACACUCAGUGUCUUCAAAAUCAGGAAGAAAUGCCAAAAUAUCAGGUUGCCAAGUCAGACAAUAAACGAAAACAAAAAAUGAAGAAAAGAACUAGGGCUCACUUACGUAAAUCUUCCCACCACCUUGGGAGAAAAAAAAUAAGAUAUUCAGCUAGAAAAGAGAGAACUGGAAAAUUAUUAACCGAGGAAUACAAUCACAGUCUGGUCUCUGACCAGAAUUCUUUGCGGAAUGCGAUGAUUCAAGAUCAGUCUCCUGAGAAAGAAGACCACUGCAGUUCUAAUAAAUCCGAUUCUUCCACAUUAUUUGAGCCAGACCAUGGCAGGAAACAGAAGAUCUAUGAAACAGAUGAAUUUAUUGAUUACCUAUUAAACUACUAUCAAACUCCAAAGUAUGCCCGGAUCUGCCUAGAACCAAGUGACAUAGCAAGCCCAUGUCAGUGGCAGAGGGCUGUCCAUGCUAAGGGAAAUGGAUUUCAGAUCAAUCUGAGAAAACGUAAACAUCACUCCAGCAGUCUGAGCCAAAUGCAAAACCUGGCAACAAGAGAAAACCUGGUUCAAGAAGAUGACUGCCCAUCAGAGAUCUGUACCAAGGAUCUUGAGCAUAAACCACAAAAGAGAGGAAAAGUGGAUUAUGCCAAAGCAUGGACCAAGGAGUUAAAAGAUCAUUGCCAGGACACAGCUAGUGAAACUGGUGAUCACCUGUCCCCAGCUGAUGGAAAGAGCCAUCUGUUGGAAAAGACGCAAGCUUACCAGGUCAAAGAUUCCAACUCCCCAAGUCAGAGCCCCGUUUCCUCACCCAGCCGGUCAGCCGACUUAGAUUUGGAGUUGACAGAUUUCUUAGAGGAAAUCAGUAGUGAUUCCGAGUGCUUUAGUGAAAUCCUUAGCAUAAACAAAGAGGAGAAAGUGAGGUCUGUGGCCACAGAUGAUAGCUCCCCAGAAAAAAGAUCUCUUGAUGACGACGAGAUCACCACCAGCAAUCGAGAAAUUAGGGCACGUCUGCAGACCUUGUCUUCAAAGUGGAACCGUCAUGGGGAGCACAGCUCCUCUAAAUCCAAGCUGAGGAAACCAGGCGAGAGGUCCAAGUAUGAACUGAGAUUUUCAUGGCUGGAGGGCGAAAACAGUUCCAGUAGAGGUGAGAAGAGCACCAGCAAAAGGAGGGCAACGCUAGCCCCCAAAUACUUGUUCGACGAAGGCUACUACCACCAAUCCGGUCCUAGCAGUCUGUUGGACCACAUCACAAGGAAGAGGAGGAGGUUCAGCGAUAGCACAUCUGGCCAGCAGGUGCACUACGGGCCCGCUCACGUGCCAAUGGCAUCAUCCAAAAGUGCUCAUGUUUUCUAUGUGGGGGAUUUGCCCCAAAGAAGAGAGACUCCACGGAAGUUGGAAUAUAGCCAGGAGGCCAGAAGGUUUAAAAGACACGAGCAUUCUAGAGAGUCCAUGCUGAAUUCUGGUAAUUCUUAUAUUAGACGUAACAGUCAGGAGCACCUCGACUACGGAAGCUAUUUUGGAAAUGGCUACACUAGUUCUCUAUAUUUUCAAAUGUUUUGA